AUGAGUACCAAUCACAAGCAACACUUUGCAAAGAUUGUGCCAGCCAUUUGGCAAGACACUGAGCAUAAUGGCAGCAGCUUUGUGCAGACCAAUGCUUCUCAGCUCCUGAACAAGGAAACAUACCCUGCUGAAAAGGGUGCUUGUACUGUUCACCCCAUGCAACCUUUAAAGUGUGUACAAUCGGCAUUUGCGGUGCUACUUGGCCAUCAUGGGCUACCCCAACAACGCAGUCUUGACAGCUCUGUUUUGCAGCAGCAGCCUUCGCAGACUUCCGCAUCUUCUCAAGUCAGAGCUACUGUUCAGCCAUCCUCAUUCCCAUCCAGUACGAGAUCUAAGCAGAGCCAGUCCAAGCACGGUCAGGGCUCUUCUCUGCUUUUGCAAGGCAAUGCUCCUGUGGGUGAAGCGCUUGAUGAUGCCAGUAUGCCUGAACAGGCUAAGGUUCUGGAAGAAAGCAGUGGCGGAGAGGCCAAGCAUGAUGGCAAUCUCCGGAAAACUUUGCUUACCAUGGGUAAUGCCAUUGCCGCGCUGUUGCUUGCCCCACAGACCAUGCCAUCCCACGCUUUGUCCUCUCAAGAUGCAUCAAACAUCCCUCCAGCUGGCUCCUUUGCACCUGCUCUUCCUCAAGCAAAAAUGUCUGCUCUGCUAAGCCGUCUUACAAGCUGCCAGAUCAACUCUGGUUCCCAGUGCGUCCAGAAUUGGCUUUGCUUCUCCAGUCGUGGUCCAGUCUUUGGCACGCCCCAUUGA